AUGCAAGCACUGCAGCAAAGUGCAUUUCCUGCACGACAACUCUAUCCAUCCUUGUCUAACAACAGUGAAACUGCAACAGCAAAUUCGAAUGCGAGCCAAAUUGCAUGGAAUAUACAUUUACGACAAGUAGCAUUGAACUUGAUGACAUUGCAAAGGUUGCAAGCUGCAAGUAAUGUAGAACGGGUUAUUCCUGAAAAACAAUUAUAUCCAAUACAUAUUGCUUCUGCUGCAGCUGCAAGCAGUGGAGAAAGAAAUAUGCAAUCUUGCGCGAGUUGCAACAAACUAUUCAUUAAUACAUAUUCCUUAGAACAACAUAUACUUGAACAACACAAUCAAUGCUCAAAAAUAUCCGCUUCUGAGAAGCAAUUCGAAUGUAAGCAAUGUGGAAAAGCAUUUAAACGUUCCUCAACUUUAAGUACUCAUUUACUUAUUCAUAGUGAUACAAGGCCAUAUCCAUGUGAUUAUUGUGGUAAACGUUUUCAUCAAAAAUCAGAUAUGAAAAAACAUACAUAUAUUCAUACAGGUGAGAAACCUCACAAAUGUAUGGUAUGUGGUAAAGCAUUUUCUCAAUCAUCCAACUUAAUUACACAUUCACGUAAGCAUACCGGCUAUAAACCGUUUUCAUGUGAUAUUUGUGGCAGGACAUUUCAACGUAAGGUUGAUCGUCGUCGGCAUCGUGAAAGUCAUCAUUCUAAUGAAAUUUGCAUUCAUCGAUCACUAAGAAAUAGUAUCGAUCAAAGUGCUUCAAAUAAUUAUACAAAUUUGAUGAGCCAAUCAUCGUUCGUGAAUUCGAAUCAUCUUGAAGCACCAAAUAAUGCAAUUCUGAAUCCGAAACCGGUGCGUUUUCUCAUGCCAGAAUCUGAUGAGGCAUUAAAUCUUAGCUCAAGAUAG